GGGGCGUGGCCGGGCGCUGCCGCCGCCGCCACCCGAGGGGCGCGCGCGGGAGCGUGAGGGCGGCGGGAGCUGCGCAGGUUUUCCAGGAAAAUAAAGAAGGAAUCAGGAAGCCCCUGGAGCGCUGCCCCGUCACCAUGGGGUCGGUGGUGUGGGAAUGUGGCUGAAAUUGUGAUAUUUAAUUCCUACCAUGGAGGACUGAGAAAAAAAGGGGGGAAAAAAAAGGGGAAGAUUUCUCUCCCAUCUGUCUGGACUGAGCCAAGGAUGUUGAACACACAAACUCUUCCAGCUGGGAAGAGGAACCUGAAGCAAGGCCUGGGAAUAUUCCUGUGAAAAUCGCGCGGAGCUGGAAGAUGAGCCGGCCCCGUUGGCGGGGUGGAAGGAUGGCUUUGGGCUGGCUGCUGCGUUCCCUGUGGAUUUUGGGGGUCUGGCUGGCCCCCACAGGAGGGCACAGCCUGUUCUCCUGCGAGCCCAUCAUCCUCAGGAUGUGCCAGGACCUGCCCUACAACACCACCUUCAUGCCCAACCUCCUCAACCACUACGACCAGCAAACAGCAGCUCUGGCUAUGGAGCCCUUCCACCCCAUGGUGAACCUGGAAUGCUCCCGGGAUUUCCGUCCCUUCCUGUGCGCCCUGUACGCCCCGGUGUGCAUGGAGUACGGGCGGGUGACGCUGCCCUGCCGCCGCCUCUGCCAGCGCGCCCACAGCGAGUGCUCCAAGCUCAUGGAGAUGUUCGGGGUCUCCUGGCCCGAGGAUAUGGAGUGCACCAGGUUCCCAGAUUGCGACGAGCCCUAUCCCCGCCUGGUUGACCUCAACCUGGCCGGCGAGCCCACGGAGGAGGCCCCGAUGGCCGUCCAGCGGGAUUACGGCUUUUGGUGUCCUCGGGAGCUGAAAAUCGACCCAGACCUGGGUUACUCCUUCCUCAGGGUCCGGGACUGCUCCCCUCCUUGCCCCAACAUGUACUUCCGCCGGGAGGAGCUGUCCUUCGCCCGCUACUUCAUCGGCGUCAUCUCCAUCGUCUGCCUCUCGGCCACCUUGUUCACCUUCCUGACCUUCCUCAUCGAUGUCACGCGCUUCCGCUACCCAGAGAGGCCCAUCAUCUUCUACGCCGUCUGCUACAUGAUGGUGUCCCUCAUCUUCUUCAUCGGCUUCCUGCUGGAGGACCGGGUGGCCUGCAACGCCUCCAGCCCCUCCCAGUACAAGGCGUCCACGGUGACCCAGGGCUCCCACAACAAGGCCUGCACCAUGCUCUUCAUGGUGCUCUACUUCUUCACCAUGGCCGGCAGCGUCUGGUGGGUCAUCCUCACCAUCACCUGGUUCCUGGCCGCCGUGCCCAAGUGGGGCAGCGAGGCCAUCGAGAAGAAGGCCCUGCUCUUCCACGCCAGCGCCUGGGGCAUCCCGGGCACCCUCACCAUCAUCCUGCUGGCCAUGAACAAAAUCGAGGGCGACAACAUCAGCGGCGUGUGCUUCGUCGGCCUCUACGACGUGGACGCGCUGAGGUACUUCGUGCUGGCGCCCCUCUGCCUCUACGUGGUGGUGGGAGUCUCCCUGCUGCUGGCUGGAAUCAUCUCCCUCAACCGCGUCCGCAUCGAGAUCCCGCUGGAGAAGGAGAACCAGGACAAGCUGGUGAAGUUCAUGAUCCGCAUCGGCGUGUUCAGCGUGCUGUACCUCGUGCCCCUGCUGGUGGUGAUCGGCUGCUACUUCUACGAGCAGGCCUACCGGGGCGUGUGGGAGACCACGUGGAUCCAGGAGCGCUGCCGGGAGUACCACAUCCCCUGUCCCUACCAGGUCACUCAGAUGAGCCGUCCAGAUCUGAUUUUGUUCCUCAUGAAGUACCUGAUGGCCUUGGUGGUCGGGAUCCCCUCGGUGUUCUGGGUGGGAAGCAAGAAGACCUGUUUUGAGUGGGCCAGCUUCUUCCACGGGCGCAGGAAAAAAGAAGUCGUCAACGAGAGCCGCCAGGUGCUGCAAGAGCCGGACUUUGCCCAGUCGCUGCUGAGGGACCCCAACACCCCCAUCAUCCGCAAGUCCAGGGGCACCUCCACGCAGGGCACCUCCACGCACGCCUCGUCCACCCAGCUGGCCGUGAUGGACGACCAGAGGAGCAAGGCCGGCAGCGUCCACAGCAAAGUCAGCAGCUACCACGGCAGCCUGCACCGCUCGCGGGACGGACGGUACACUCCCUGCAGCUACAGGGGCGUGGAGGAACGACUACCUCACGGCAGCAUGUCCCGGCUGACCGACCACUCCAGGCACAGCAGCUCGCACCGCCUCAACGAGCAGUCGCGGCACAGCAGCGUCAGGGACCUCAGCAGCAACCCAAUGACACACAUCACACACGGCACCAGCAUGAACCGGGUCAUCGAGGAGGAUGGCACCAGCGCCUGAGCGGCUCCGAGAGCUCAGGGUGCCGGCAGGGCUCGUGGUGCCUUCCUUCCGCGCUCAGUGUUACCCUCAGCCUCUCGCCAGGUGCUGAAUUCGGGCGUCGGGAAGCCGGGGUCGGCUUCUCUGCUGUGGGACUUGCCUCGGAGCUGUCUUGAGUCACUGAGUAAAAAAGCUGGUUGUCUCCUCUGAACCUCUCUGGAGGUAAUUAUUUAUUUGAUAACUGUUCCUCAUCAGACACAACUGCUGAAUUUCUUACUCUCUGUGGAAAACAAUCUCCCCCUUCCUUCUCUCUCCCUCCCUCCGUGGGCUCCGCGUGUCGGAAAUCAGCGGGGCCGUGCUGGGAGUUGUUCUGAUGAGGGAACUCUUGCUGCUGAAGGAAUCCCUCCGUGCAGCUCCCUCGAGGGGACACGUCCAGCGCUGCCCGAGGGACGUCUGUGUGACCCGGCAGCGUUCGGUCACGCUGGAAACGCCACGGGAAGGAGCGUUUUGGAGAAGGAAACUCCUCUGAGGAUCACCAGCUCUUCCCAGAGCUGUCCAGGCUCAGUUGUCCACAGGGUGGGGGGAAGAGAGAGGCAGGGAAGAGCGAUUUUUUUAUAACUUGUAUUGUCCUUGCUUUUUUACAAAAGACUAUUUAAAUUUUCUACUCGUUUACAAUUUCCGUAGGAAGAGAUGGGUUUUAAAAGCAGUUAUCUAGAUAAUAUUCAGCCAUUUAUUUUUUAGAGUCAUGUACAAAAGCUGAGAAUGCCUGUUCCUGAUCUAUUUAAAGAAAAAAGAUUAUCAUAGAAAAGCUGAAUUUGUCACCCAGGCAGGAAUGUACAGCCCGUUGUCACAGCCAGAGCUGAGCCUGUUUACAAAGCCCAGCAGCUGAGGCCAGGAGGACCAGAGGAGUUUUUUCAAGGAUUCCCCACCUUCCUUGUGAUGUCACAGUUUGGGGAGGAUCCUCUGCGCUGAGCAAGAAGCCAGAGAUGGUUGGGAGAAGCUGAGGCAGGAGCUGCCCCCAGAUGGGGAAAAACGAGGAUGUGGCGGCUGGAAGCCCACGGAGUUCCUUGAGGAGGAGACAGGAUCCGCAGUUCAUGGAUCUUGGUUACGGAUCCACCUCUGCUGUGGCUGUUUUCAUCCCCUGCUGCAGAUUCACGGUAGAGAAUUCUCAGUUUGGGCUUUUUUUGUGUGGCAAGGAUCCAUUGGGAUACCCUGGAGGCAGAAUUCGAGGAUGGUGCUGGAGAUCUUCUGGGGCACCUCCCGAGGAGAUGGAUCCAGCACGAGGAAACCCUGCUGGCAUGCAAACCUACCUCAGUAAUUGCUGCAGAUCACUGCUGGGAAAUGAAUCCUUAUUUUUGCAUUGUCCUUCCAUAAUUCCCUCCCUGACCCGGUGGAGCCUUGUUGAGCAGCCUUUGUGCACCAACCUCGAGGGCAGGGCCAGGGCAGGAGUGCUCCACAAUUAACUCAUUUUAAUUGCAGCUGAUGACACAGCGGCAGAGCUCAUAACCUGUGUGCUGUGGAAUCAAAGGCUGCCCCGGGAGCUCCCAGACAGAUUUAUCCCAAAUUCAGCGGCUGGAGGAGAAGACAAACGGAGCCCAGCGUGGAAUAACAAAGCUCUUUGUUGUGGGCCCUGGAGGGAGGUGCUGCAGGCAGGGCCCUGGGGCAGAGCCGGCUCUGCUGGGCCUGUUUGCUCAGGAAACAGCCCCGGGGCCCGGGGAUACCUGUCCAGCUCUGAAAAAUCCUUUGGGCUGACUUCAACUGGGGAAACUUCGACUCCCUGGAAACCCCAAGGGUGGAACCUUGGCUGUUUUCAAAUCCAGCUCCUCCCGACUCAGAGGGGUGAUCUGGUAGGAAUCUGGAUCUGCGGAAGCUGAGUUUUCCUAAACACUGGAACCAAGCUAAAUAAGCUCAAGGGUUUACAAUGAUCCUCUUGGCUCCAUUUCCAGUACCUUUUUUUUUUUUCCUUUUUUUAUAAAUUGCAGCAAUGCUUUGACUUGUUUGGAGACGGGGAGAGGAACGCUGAUGGAGCUUGGAGAAGGAUCCUGCUGGGAAUGUUGUUAAUUUGUGAGGCCCAGUCCCAGUACUGCUUCCAGAUGGGAAUAUCCAAGUCAUUCCUUGCUCAUGGGUGCUAAAGGGACAGGCUCCUGUCACCCCAGGGAGGUGAUUAAACCUCAAACUGGAGUUCUGGCUGGGCUUUUUGCCUCCCUGCCCUCUCCCCUCUCCCUUCAACACCUGAGGCAGCGUGCUGUGCUCUCUUGGCAGAGCAUUCCUCCCGGGAAGAGCAUUCCUCAGCCAGGGAAGAGAGUCCCAGCCCUGCUGCAGCUCCCCAGCUGGGGCCCACAGGGCUUCAGCUCCCAAAUCAUCCCGGCCAGGACCUCUGAAGGGCAUCCUGGUUCGAAUGUGUCCCCACAGGGGCACCAGGGGCCGUUUUGGGCUGCUUUCCUACCUGCUGCCAGCUCCAGCCCAGGUGCCGGGUUUAUGGGAUCGGUGCCAAGCUUUAAAUUCCCCCCGAGCUGAAACCCCCGGCCAGGAGGGCGUUUCUGCAGACCCCCAAGUGCUCGGGGCUCCCCGGGUGUCCCUGCAGCGCUUUGUCCCUCCCCAGCUGCCACCAGGAGCUGCAUCCUCUGUCCCUUCUCCCAGGGAGCAGGCAGGGAGGCUGGACAGGGCCUGGCUUCUCCAGCUCCAGUUAUCCCAGACUCCAUCCCUCUGCCUCCCACCUUGGCUGCAGCCCCAAACUCUGCUUGGUGAAACUGCUCCGUCAAAGCUUCCUGCAGAACGCACGACUCCUCAUCCCCAGCAUCCCCAGGGAUCUCCAGCUCCUGUUUUCCCAACCUGACUGCGCUGACAACAGAUCCCCCCGAGUUUGUGCUGUUCCUUCUUUCUCAAUCCCUCCACAGCUCCCGUGAAACGUCCCCGAUCGGAGCUGCGGUCGCAUUGCAUGGAGGAGGCCGCUCCUCUUUUUUAAGGCAUAAACAACCCAAGAGCAGCAAGCAGCCACAUUCAGGUGUCAGUGUGUUUGUGUUCUCCCUGUUGUGUUCCAGCACAAAUCCCAAUUCUGUGCUGGAAGCGUUGAGCCACCAGCUCCAGGGGUCAGUGGUGAGCGCAGGAUGGCACUGGGAGGCUGAAAUCCGGCCAUGGCCGAGUCCAGCACUGCUCCCGAGUUGUUCCAGCAAGGAGGGAAGGGAAAACCCCUCAGGAAAGGCACGAGGAGAAGGCCCAGGCCAGCCUUAGAGCCAGGGGGGAGCCGAUUCUCCAGCCCAGCUCCAGCACACUGAGGAUCCCAAAACGCAUCAGGCAGCUCCGUCUGUGCGGUGAAACCCGGGCACAGAGCAGAGGAGACAUCCCCAGCUCCACCCCGAGCAGCAGAAUGUCCAGUUGAAUGUGAAGCUUUACCCCUCUCCCCUCGUGCUUCUCUCCUGACGGGAUGGGGAUCGAUGGUCCCCGAGGCGCGGGGUUCUCCCGGGUUUUGCCGGUGGGCCCGGUGCCUCUGCCAGCCCCUCCCGUUGUUGGGUCAAUGUCCAGCUCCUCAGGAGAGGGGAAGGCGCUCCCGGGAGAUCCCUGCGUGGUGGAAUGUGUGGGGCAGUCCCUGCCCGAGGCUGACCCCACUCGCACUCGGCUCUUGCUAGACUUGUUUACAGUAGUCCAGUGUGGGUUUUGUAACGUUUAAUUUUUAGCACUUUAACUGUGAGUGUACAAACUGGUUCCCUUGUAGUUGGUGUACAUUUUCAUUUUAGAGCUUUGGAAGUUUUUAAUAAAACCAUGGAAAAACUCUGGCAA